GCGGGUCGCCGGCGGCGCCGAUCACCGGACAGCGACCUCCCGCCGCACACGCAAGAAAAAAACAGGGAAUGCAAAGAAGUAGCAGGAAUCUGAUAUCUGCAAGCCACCCGACUCUCAAUCUCUCAUAUCCAACUCUUGAAUCCUUCGUCUGGAAUACCCUAAUUCGUGCCCAUGUCCAUCAUCCAUCCGAUUCUCCCUUCACUCCGCUCUCCGUCUUCCUCCGCAUGCGUUACCAUGCCGUCCGACCAGAUACCCACACCUUCCCUUUUCUCCUUCAAUCAUUCACCUCGCCGGAAUACCUCUCCUGCGGCCGGUCAGUUCACUCGCUGAUCAUCCAACUCGGACUGUCGGACAACGUGUUCGUACAGACAUCGCUGGUCAAUAUGUACUCUUCCUGCGGCUCAUUCCACCUUGCCCGGCAGGUGUUCGACGAAAUUCCCCAACCAGAUUCCGCCUCAUGGAAUUCGUUGCUCAACGGGUACGUGAAAGCCGGGAUGGUCAUAGCUGCACGGAAGGCAUUCGACAGUAUGCCUAGCAGAAACACGGUGUCCUGGAGUUGUAUGAUGGAAGGGUACGUGAGAUCGGGCCAGUAUAUGAACGCAUUGCUCUUGUUCCGGAAGAUGCAAAAAACCAGGGAGGAGCUUAUAAUUCCCAAUGAGUUCACCAUGUCUGUCUUGCUCUCUGCUUGUGGAAAGCUUGGCGCCCUUGAACAUGGCAAGUGGGCUCAUUGCUACAUUGAGAAACGCGGAAUGCAGAUUGGUAACGUCUUAGGAACCUCAUUGAUCGACAUGUACGCGAAAUGUGGGUGCAUUGAAAGGGCGAAAUUCGUGUUCGAAAAUCUGGGUCCGAAUAAAGAUGUGAAAGCAUGGACUGCCAUGAUCUCCGGCUUGGCCAUGAAUGGGCACAAGGAAGAAUGUCUUGAUUUGUUCUCAAAGGUGAUCGGCUCCGGCGUGAACCCUAACGGAGUCACAUUCAUAAGUGCUCUCUCCGCUUGUGUCCACUCUGGCGCGGUCGCACUAGGAAAGUCCAUCUUUGAAAAGAUGCAAAACCGUUACCAUAUUUCUCCCUCGCUUCAACACUACGGUUGCAUGGUCGACCUCUACGCAAGAGCUGGACUGCUCGGCGAGGCCUGGAGUCUCGUCGAGUCAAUGCCAAUGCAACCGGACGUCCUCGUCUGGGGAUCCCUCUUGAGCGGGGCCAGGACGUCCGGGGACAUAAAGACAUGCGAGGCAUCGCUCAGCAAGAUCCUGGAGCUCGAACCCAAUAACACCGGGGCCCACGUCCUCCUCGCAAACGCGUACGCCAAGAUGGGGAGGUGGAAGGACGUGAGGCGGGUCCGGGCUCAAAUGGAGACGAAGGGGAUAAAGAAGGUCCCCGGGUGCAGCUUGGUGGAAGUGGACGGGACCGUGCACGAGUUCCAUGUAGGAGACGAGUCUCAGCCAGACAGGAUGAAGAUAUACAUGAUGUUGGAUGAGAUGUUGAGACGGAUAAGAAUGGAGGGGUACGCGAGCAACACGGAGGAGGUGACGGUGGACAUAGCGGAGGAGGAGGGGAAGGAGCUGGCUGUUUCUCGCCACAGCGAGAAACUGGCGGUGGCGUUUGCGAUCAUGAAGACGCGGCCGGGGGUUCCGGUUCGGGUGGUGAAUAACAUAAGGAUGUGCCGCGAUUGCCAUGCAGCGGUGAAGAUGAUCUCGUUGGUUUAUGGUCGGGAGAUUAGUGUUAGAGACUGCAAUAGGUUUCACCAUUUUGCAGGUGGUGCGUGCAAUUGCAACGACUACUGGUAAAUUGGCAAUCCUAUCAUUGGCUAUCGAAUCUCCCCUAGAAUUUUUAAAAAUUAUGGUCUUCAAGAUGACCAUGGUGCGUGAACUUGCAUUUUAUUUUGGCAAAGUGCAUAACAUUUUAGGUAAGAGGAAGUAAUGUUUAUACAAAACAUCUUAUACUUUAUCCAUAUUUAAUUACAAUGCCAAUGGUCAGGUCAGCGUGCAAAACGGAACUAUCAAUUUCGUCUUGCCCAAAAAACCAGUUAUGUCAGACCGAGAUACACAAUGAGAAUGCAUUUUUUAUUUUAUGCAUAUAUUGGGAGAAGACCCCAAUAAAAAUAAAUUGUUGUACGAGAGGGGGAGAUGUUGUCUAUUUUUAUUUAAAUUUAAAUUAAAUAAAGAAGAAGAAAAAGAAAGAAUGGGUGCGUGG